AUGUUGACAUUUGUAAGGGGAAGGAAGAAACAAAAGCAUGCAUCUCAAGCAAGCAGUGAGGAUGCUCGAUCUGAAAUCAGCAAUCAGAGCUAUAUGUAUGAUCAACAAAGUGACAGCAGUUCAGUUCACACUACACCAGACCACCGAACCAAUGGAAGCAAACGUAGAUUAGAUAUAGACCCAUCUUUACCAUCAAUCACAAUAUCAGAAGCUGAAGGAGGAAGCCGUGACAGUCUAAGCAGUUACUACAGCAAUGCCGGUGAAGUCAACUAUGGUAAAAUAAAUGUGACUGGCGACAUUCAGUUUGGUUUGGACUAUGACUAUAAGACAAGUUGCCUUGAAAUUCGUGUCAAGCAGUGUCGUAAUUUAGCCCCUGCUGAUGUCAAGAAGAACAAAUCAGAUCCGUAUGUUAAAAGUUACCUUUUACCAGAUAAAACUAAAACAGGCAAGCGGAAGACUAAAGUGAAGAAAAACAGUCUGAAUCCUACAUUUGAUGAAACACUCAGGUAUUACAUUGCCAAAAGUGAGCUAGAAAAUCGGACAUUGUGGUUGACUGUGUGGCAUAAUGAUCGCUUUGGUAGGAAUGAUUUCUUAGGAGAAGUUACCAUUCCAUUUGAUUACUACCGGUUUGAAGGACCUACAUUAAAAUGGCAUCAACUGCAGCAAAGACAAGAAUAUUUGCCAUCAUCUCUUUCAUACAAAGGCGAGCUGACCUUGUCAUUAAAGUUUGUAACUGGUGAUAAACUGCUAACGGGGUCCACAACAUCUUUAAAGCACAGUAGAGAUGGCAGAUCUGAAGUUUCAGAUGGAGGACAACUUCAUGUUUACAUUAAAGAGGCCAAAAAUUUGACAGCAGUUAGAUCUGGAGGAUAUUCUGAUCCUUUCUGUAAAGGGUAUUUAUUACCAGAAAAGAACCGAUCAUCAAAGCAAAAAACUCCAGUGGUAAAGAAAAAUUGCAACCCGGUUUGGAAUCAUUGCUUUAUAUUUGAAGAUGUGUCUGCUAGUUUGCUGGCUGACCGAUGCCUAGAACUCACUCUGUGGGAUUAUGAUCGUAUAUCAAGUAAUGAUUUUCUUGGUGGCGUUCGAUUGAAUUUAGGAUCAGGUAUUUGUAGUCGGAGAUAUGUUGAUUGGAUGGAUGCUGUUGGUGAUGAAAUCUCAUUGUGGCAGUCAAUGAUAUCUAGACCAAACACUUGGGUUGAUGGAACUCUUAUGUUACGUGCAAACAUGAGUAACAGAAUGUGA